GGAGACUGGAAAGCUGAACACUCCCAGUAUUGCUUAAUGAAAUGAAAACUGAUUUUUUGUUAUUGUUCUUCACUCUGGGCAGUGCUGUGUAGAUUUCUGGAUACUGUUGAUUUAGCUUGCCUAACUUGGGAUAAAACUGAAGCUUCACUGAUUCCUGAAUCAGGUUGCAAAAGAAGAUGAAAAAGUUUAUUCUCCUUUUCUCCCUGAUCUUGGCUCCAGCCUCUGUUUACACAGAAGAUUUCAAGACAAAACUAAAUCUUUCACCAAGCAGUAACAGUCAUAAACGAUUUAAGAGAGAAUGGAUCUGGAAUCAAAUGCAUAUCAUGGAAGAGAUUAAUUCACCAUUACCACAUCAUGUUGGAAAGAUCACAUCAAGUUCAAGGAAUAAAAAUGCUAUGUAUGUUCUUGAGGGGGAGUAUGCCAACAGCAUCUUUAAAGUCCGUGAAGACACCGGAGAUGUGUAUGCAUUUGAGAGGCUGGACCGAGAAAAGAAAUCAGAGUAUGAGCUGACAGCUCUCUUUAUUGACAGAACAACUAACAAAUCACUGGAGCCACCAUCCAGAUUUAUCAUCAAAGUCUAUGAUGUUAAUGAUAAUGUUCCUGUGUUUGUACAAAAAGUGUUCAAUGGUUCUGUCCCAGAAAUGUCACCAGUAGGAACUUCAGUCACCAAAGUGACAGCAGUGGAUGCUGAUGACCCAACCGUUGCAGGUCAUGCCACAGUCAUAUACCAAGUUAUUCAAGGAGAGCGCUAUUUCACAGUAGAUGAAUCAGGAGUGAUUUCUACAGCUACAGCUGAUUUAGACAGAGAGAAUCAGUCUACUUAUGAAAUUGUGGUUAAAGCAAAAGAUUCUCCAGGGCUUCACGGUGGGGAUUCAAGCACUGCUACAGUCAUCAUUACUUUGUCUGACAUCAAUGACAACUUCCCAACAUUUGAACAGCAAUCGUUCCACUUUAAAGUCUUUGAAAACGUUCGAGUAGGAAGUGAAGUCGGCAAAUUGAAAGUACAAGAUUCUGAUGAUCCACAAAACAGAAACACAAAGUACAAUUUUGUCAGAGGAGACUAUAGAGAUACCUUUGAAAUUAUACCAAAUGCAUUCACCAAUGAAGGAAUAAUUAAGCCAAAGAAGCCAUUGGACUAUGAAAAAAUAAAAGAGUACAAGUUUGACAUUGAAGCAACUGAUCCAACGGUUAAUAUGCGUUUCUUCAAGCCUGGUGGGACAAAGAGCAUUGCAACCGUUACCAUUGAAGUUCUUGAUGUUGAUGAGCCUCCCAUCUUCUCUCAGCCAUCUUAUGUUUAUAAAGUAAAAGAAAACUACUUCACAAAAAACCCGCUUGGCACAGUUUUGGCAGUAGAUCCUGAUGCAGCAAAACGGAAAAUUAGAUAUACCCUCCGAAGAUCCAGCCCUAGUGGGGACUAUGUCAAAGUAUCCAAUAGUGGAGAUAUCUUCAUCUCAAAGCAUCUGGACAGAGAAGCCAGUGCCUGGCAUAACCUGACCGUGGCAGCCCAAGAAAUCAUGGCAGACAAUAGACUGUCUGACAUAGAAUCACAUACACAAGUUUAUAUCCAGGUUCUUGAUCAAAAUGACAAUGCUCCAGAAUUUGCUUAUCCUUAUGAGCCCAAAGUGUGUGAAAAUGCUGCACCAGGAAAGGUGAUAAUCAGGAUUUCAGCUACUGACAAGGAUGAAACGUUGCCCGGCGUUAACUUCAAAUAUUCCCUGACCACAGAAGAUAGCAACUUCACAUUGGUUGACAAUCACGAUAACACAGCUAAUGUCACCGUCAAAUAUGGACAGUUUAAUCGUGAGCUGGUGAAAAUCCACUACCUACCUGUCAUCAUCUCAGACAAUGGCACGCCAGAGCUAAGCAGCACAAACACACUUUCCAUCGGUGUCUGCAAGUGUGAUGAGAAAGGAGAAUUCACUUUUUGCGAAGAAGCAAAUAAGCAGGUUGGAGUUAGCAUUCAGGCACUGGUGGCAAUUUUUAUCUGCAUCCUCACAAUCCUUGUAAUCACGUUGCUGAUCAUUCUGAGAAAGAGGCACAAGAAAGAGCUGACUGUACUCAGGAAGAGUGUGGCAGAGAUUCAUGAGCAACUUGUGACCUAUGAUGAAGAAGGUGGUGGUGAAAUGGAUACCACCAGCUACGAUGUGUCUGUGCUCAACUCUGUCCGCAAGAAUGGCAUGAACCUGGAGUCUGGGCCCUGCCUGUAUGCACAGGUCAAGAAGCCAACAAGAAAUGGAAAUUCUGGCACUGGGGAAAUGGCAUUUAUGAUUGAGGUGAAGAAGGAUGAAGCUGAUAAUGAUGGGGAUUUGCUGCCAUAUGACACCCUUCACAUUUAUGGCUAUGAAGGUGCUGAGUCCAUUGCAGAAUCUCUUAGUUCUUUGGAGUCAGGAUCCUCUGAUUCAGAUAUCGACUAUGACUUUCUAAAUGACUGGGGUCCCAGAUUUAAAAUGUUAGCUGAGCUUUAUGGAUUGGAGCCAAAUGAAGACUUUGUAUAUUAAGUUCAAAUCAACUGUGUUUAGCUUUUCCCCUUAGAGACAGAUAGUAAAACCAAGAUGUAAACAGUAUGCAAAAGGAGGAUCCACAGAUCUUUACACAAGAAGCGCAGGUUUUAACUAUGAUUCUAGACAUCAAAAACCAAAAGCAUUUUGGGUUAGAAGGUUACAAUGAAAUCCAUUUUUUUUUAAGUAAUGACAUUGUUCUUGUCCCAUUCCCCCAGCAUGGGUAGCCCAGAUAGCACAUUGUCUCCUCCACUGACACUAGUUCUCUAGGACUCACAGGUGAGCUCCACAGAACAUGUCUUUUGAAUCAUUACUGCCCAGCACCUGUGAAAGUUUUCCAUAUAUAUGCUGAUGCCUACAGCAGCAUGCCCCCGAUUUCUUCCCCAUUCCAUGUGGUGUCAUACCCUUUUGUCAAUGUGAAAUUAAGAACAGAGGAGUCUAGCGACUCUGAGAAGGAACAUAUUAGGGAGGCACUUGUAGCCAUCUCCCCCUCAAGUCUGCCUUGCCUCCUGUACCAUCUUGCAUGGAUAAUCCAUGCCUUUGCUUCCGCAGCAAAGGGGAGGAUCAUCAUUUAAUAUUAACGAUGAUUCCAUUAUGUUCAAAGAGAAUCAUGAUUUCUCCCUUCUUCCCAAUUCACUAGUUACCUUUCCACUCCAAAAAUGGGCUACUGCAGGAAGAUAGUAGAACUCUUUGGGAUUUUUAGAAGACCACCACAGUGGUUUUAAUUGGUCAUUUUUGAAAAGCUCGACUGUGUGGACUUCUGGCACCAUCCUGGAGUAUUAAAAUCUCUCUUUAUCCUCAGAAAAAAAUAUUUUCCUUUCUUAACUAGGAUCUUGGUGCUAUUCAAUGGAAUAUACCCUGCUGGGCAGGAAGCUUGCAGAUCAGGUUGAAUAUUAAGGCGCCAGAACUGUAGGUUUCACUGGAUUGCCACAAUCAAAUCACAGGUAUUACAGGCUAAGGUGGUAUGGAUUUUUCUAGGAGCUUUCUUUUUAACAUAGUUGAAGGUAUUCAGCUAUUUCAGGAAAAAAAAUUCAAGGGUCUCAUUACUGUGAAUUUUGUUUUUAAACAGGUACUGUAAAAUGGGUAUUUUCCACCUAGGAAAGUAUUGGGGACUUCCAGACCAGACUAUUGUAUCUGUGUACUCUACUGUCUAUCUGAAAGACCAAGGCAUGGGCAUAAGCAAGGUUUUGGGUGUCACCACCACUACAUCCCUAAUACUGCAAGACACAUGUACAUACUUAACUUCACGCACAGUGAGGAGUCGUCCCGUUCAGCUGAAUGCCAGUGCACACAGUGCAUCAAGUCAAACAAACAUGUAUGUUUUUCAGGAUCUAGGCAAGCGAUGACGAUGGGCUGGCUCCUGCCCUGAUGUAAGGCUCACUGAUGUAAGACUCCCAUUGAUUUUAAUGGGAGCAGGGUCCUGCCAAUGAGAUACCCAGUUUUGCAGGAUCUGUAGGAAUUAGUUUAGCUGAUCUCUUGAUUUAAGACUGGAUUUUAUAUAUAGUCACGAAUCCAAAUACUAAAGUUGUCUUUUUUAAACCAGUGUAGUGGAAUUUCACUGAUUUGCAUUUCACUAAGCCACCCAUAAUUGAUACACAAAAACCAGCAUCCUUUUUCAGCAAAGAUUUAAUAGCAAGGGUAUUAAAUCUGCAGGGUGGUCUCAUUAUUAGUACUUCACUACUUUUUCAAAAAUACACAAAUAUACAGCAUUUAGUAGGAUACUUUCAUAAUUAUUCAAAUUAUAGUACACGUUCCAAAUACAGGCCUGAUCCAAGCCCAUUGGGAGUCUUCCCAUUGGUGUUUGGAUCAGACCCUUUAUAAAUAAUGUACUUGUUUUAAAAAACUGUUUGUCCACUUAAUCAUUAAUCUGCAAAUCCAGUCCUCAGUGCAAGUUAGUGAGGUUCUACUGAUGAUUGUGUUAUAAAGAAUUCUUACUAAUACUUAUAUUUUAAGAUUUUCAUAUGUAAUAAGGUGUUGCUAUUCAACAGGAAACGUUAGCUAUAGAAUUAUUCAGUGCCAUAGCUAAAGAAUCUUCUGUAAACAACAUCCAGAUAACAUUUUCUAUAAUCACUGUGGGGUUUUUUGCAGUCUGCUUUAUAACAUUAUUCUAAGGAACAUUGUACUGAUCUCUACUGUACAUCAAAGGUGUUUGCACUGGAUAUUUUCUUUUAAUAUUGCUAUACUUGUUCUGUUUUUACUUACAUAAAAGCCAAAUUCAAAUGUAAUGUUAUUUCUCCGUGAAUUAAUAAUCUGUAUGCAUAAGGCAAUUAUAGGUUUUUGGGUGAUCUUGCUGCAGUUAAUUCAGUCAAAAGCAUGCUGGAAUCUGUUAGAGAAGGGGAUAGGAAGUCAUCAAACCCAGAGAACAGUAGACAUGGGUUCAUAGAGGAGCUCUGCGUAAAAAUGAUUUUUUUCACGCACUUGGAAAGCUAUAUGCUAAGACAGUGGUUCUCAAACUGUGGGUCAUGACUGCAUUUUAAUGGGGUCACCAGGGCUGGCUCAGUCUUGCCGGGGUCAGGUGCCAAAGCCAAAGCCUAAGCCCUACUGCCUGGGGCCGAAGCCCUUAGGCUUUGGUUUUGCCCCCACCCCCAGGACAGUGGUGUUUUGGCCUCUCCAUAUGGGGAGGCAGGGAUGGGAUGGGUUCAGGCUUCAGUCCUCCUGCCUGGGGUCAUGUAGUAACUUCUGUAGUCAGAAGGGGGUUGCAGUGCAAUGAAGCUUGGGAACCCCUGCUCUAAGACCUUUUUCCCACAGAAUCUUCCAUUCUCAGACAUCUGAUUUCACGGAGACCCUUUUCCAGGCAAAUCAGAGCUGUGCAACACACCAAUUUUCUUGUCAUGUGAGGCCAGAUUUUCAAGAGAGCUCCCCCCGGCACUGGGGGUGUGGAGAUCUUUUGAAAGUUUGCCUACAGAAUCUAUGCAGUUCUAGAGAAUACUGUUAUAGUAUCAGCCAGAUCCCACACAUGCAGGAUGAAGCACAGAAAUCAGGACCUUCUCACCCAAAAAUACAAUCUUCUGUUGUUUGAACUAAAGGGGAGUCUCCAUUACCUACCACUAGAACAGUUCCAUCCUGAGUUAUCAAAUGUGUUCAGUGUGUCCCCUGAUAAUUUUAGAUGACCAAAUGGAGGGCAUUUUCAAUGUAAUUAACAGAUAGCUGGGGAUAUGAAUUUGAUUGAGAUUACAGGGAAUUUUGCAUAACUGUUUGAGGAGACAACAGUUAGAAGAGAAAUUCUUAUUUCAGUUGAUAGGGGGUUUUGGAGAAUAAAGUCACAACUCCUAUCCCUCAUGUCGUGUGUGUAUGACUUAACUGCCAGCCAGAAUGGACCUAUCCCAACUUCCUCUGCACUCAACACCAUUACUCCCUAGCAAUAUCUUCAUCCCUUCAAGGGAUGCAAAGCACUCUUCCCCAUCACCCCUCGGCAAUGGCAUGGACAGAUGUCUCCCUAAUAUUUCUAGUCCUGCCAUACCAGAAGCAAAGGACUGAGCAGGGGUGCAUAGCACUGUACAAAACACCAUGGAUAGUCAUUUUCCCACAUUUCCCAUAACCCUGGAUUUAAUGGUUAGCACACAACAGAUGAAUAGACAGUCAUAGCAGAAAGGGAAGGACAGAGUCAGGAGAGAAAGCUGUGUUUGCAGAAGUUAGUAGUAACUGUUUUAAAUUGCACUAUAAAUUGCAACUAACCAUCUAUGAAUACUUAAGUCUCACAAUCUAAGACCCUUAAAUUCAGUGUUUUAGACAACAGUCCUUUAUCAUUUUUUUCUUUAUUCACUCUCAAAGUUCAUGCCAAAACUUUUUUUUAAGAGAUGUACACAGACUGUUGACAUUUACACAAAUAUAAAUCAAAUGAAAACUGUCAGUUCUUUCAGAGCUAAGUGUCAGGAGCAGAAUAAUAUAAAAGUUUCAGAUUACACAAAUUUAGCACGCAUUGCAUGAAAAGCUCAAUACUUAUGUCAGUUAAGUUACAAUGAAAUGCAUUUUUCCAAAGAAAGACAAUUAAAUAUCUCUCUGCAAUAAUUUUGCUUUUACCCAAUAUUUUAAGUGUUAUUCAUUUAAUUAAAACAUGCAUUUGAUUUUUAUUCUUAGUCUAUCAUGAAUUUUUAUUGUAUUAUUUUUAUGUAAUAAAAGGUCAUGCCAGGGGACUAAUGCAUUUAAUAAAGAUUUUUACAUGGC